CUGUGAUACUUAUCAACGGGUCUGUAAAGGGAAAGCAGUGACAACACAGAAAACAGCCAGGCGCCGUGCGUAACUCGACAAUAAGACAAAACCAGCGCAUCUUCCGAAGGGAGUGAACCACCACCGGCGCGCUAGUUGAAGCGCAGAUGAGUGCUGGUCUUUCCAGUUAGUAAAUAUCGAAUGCUGUCCUCUCCUGAGGGCUCCAGAGCAACACGCCCAUUCAUCAGGUUGCUGUUGCCAGGAAAAAGAGAGAGAGAGAGGGAGAGAGAGAGAGAGAGAGAGAGAGAGAGAGAGAGAGAGAGAGAGAGAGAGAGAGAGAGAGAGAGAGAGAGAGAGAGAGAGAGGGGGGUUCAAUUUGUACAACUGGAAAUCAGGCGGAACAUAUCAAGAGGAGGGUCGCGUUUCAGCUGUGACUGAAUCAAAAAUAAGUCAGCGAUAGUGCUGGGGCUGCUUUAAAACACCGAAAAGAGAAGCGUGGUGUGCCUGUGUCCAUUCAAACAAAGCCGCAGGAAUAGAAUAGGUAAUUGCAGCUGUCUAGCGAAGCCUCCGUCUGGAUCGUCUCGCCUGGGUACAUAUGGGAAGGCAGAUUUGAAGAGAAAGCAACAGGUCAUUUUUUCCUUUGGCAAGAUCUAUGCACGGGUGAGGCAAGACUAUAACGAAAUUCUACAAGGGCGAAGUCACCCAGAUAACGAGAUUUCACUCGGAUUGCUAUUGCAACGAUAACGGGCUGUAAAAGUAAUACUGGUUUUGAAUUAAAAUAGAGUUUGCCUCUUCGAUCGAUAUUGGUGGAUAUCAACAACACAAGCGGAGAAAGGUGAGAGAUAACGAACAGACUGGAAAUUACAAGGAAAGAAGGAUGAUAACCGCCUGUACAGAAGACUACAGACCUGGAGCUCCGUUCUGAUAUCAAGGCGUAUACUAAUAUAAUAUAGAGACUGUACUGUAGACACAGGAAUGUUUUUUUUAUUAAGGAAAGGAAAUCUGUAGGCUGUAGGCGUGACUAACUGUUCAUUCUUCAGCGCAGCUGAGAAAUUCGAGGUAAACAACAAGACCUUGUGAUUACCAACUAUUCUGCCAUUUUGCCAAAUCUUUCAUCAAAGCUAUUAAAAUCGUAUUAUUUUAUUAUUAUUUCAUCACUAAUCAUUUUAACCAAGUUUAAUUUAAUAAUACAGACAACUGGCUAUCGAUUAGAACAGCUUUAUUUUAUUAUAUCAAUCCAUAGCCUGUUGCUGCUAUUUGUUUUAAAAGAAAACAAAAUCUAAGUACAUUUAAUAUAUAUUUUAGAACCAGCGGUUAUUUGAGAGAAUAUAUAUUUUAAUACACUCCUCCUGUGCAGUGAGGAUCAUUUACCUCCUUGUUUAUCAAUAGACUUUUCUGUUUGAUAUCGAACAGGACAGAUAUUUAUUGCAGUCGCCAUAAGGAUCAAUUCUCAAUGACACAAGGACAGAUUAUCCCAGGUAGCCCACUCGACUCCGAUUGUCUUUGAGUUAAAGGAAGGGACAUUUCAUACAGCAGAGGGACAGGGCGACCGAUCCAUCUAAAUCUAUGAUCAGCUCGGUGUGUGUCUCAUCUUACCGAGGGCGCAAGUCUGGCAACAAGCCUCCGUCCAAAACAUGUCUGAAAGAAGAAAUGGGCCGGGGAGAAGAUUCAGAAAAGAUUAUCAUCAACGUCGGGGGUACCCGACACGAAACAUACAAGAGCACCCUUCGGACGCUGCCAGGCACCAGGCUGGCAAGACUGGCGGACCCGGACCCUCAGCGCAAUUUGGAUUUCGACGCUAGCCACAGAGAGUUAUUUUUCGACCGGCACCCGGGGAUAUUUGCCUAUGUUUUAAACUACUACCGGACUGGCAAACUCCACUGCCCGGCCGACGUCUGCGGACCCUUGUUCGAGGAAGAGCUGGCCUUUUGGGGGAUAGACGAGACCGACGUGGAACCCUGCUGCUGGAUGACGUACCGGCAGCACAGGGACGCUGAAGAGGCGCUGGAUAUAUUCGAGCCUCCAGACCUGGACGAUGCCAAUGAUAGCAAGGACGUGCCAAGGAGCCUGGCUAUUGACGGAUGCCCAGAUCGAUCACGAGGCUGUUGGGAGGUCUGGCAGCCUAAAAUAUGGGCCCUUUUUGAAGACCCAUACUCGUCUAUGGCAGCCAGGGUCAUUGCUUUCGUCUCCUUGUUCUUCAUCGUGGUUUCCAUCACCACGUUCUGCCUGGAGACGCACGAGGCAUUCAACCGCAUCGUUAACCGGACAGAGUACGUGAACAGCACAUACACGCUGACCUACCUGGAAGUGGAGACGGAGCCCAUGCUGACCGUGGUGGAGGGCGUCUGCGUGGUCUGGUUCACCUUCGAGUUCUUCAUCCGCAUCAUCUGCUGCCCGAGCAAGCUGGUCUUCAUCAAGAACCUGCUGAACGUCAUCGACUUCGUGGCCAUCCUGCCUUUCUACCUGGAGCUGGGACUCAGUGGACUGUCGUCGAAGGCGGCCAAGGAUGUGCUGGGCUUCCUGCGGGUGGUACGCUUCGUACGCAUCCUCAGGAUCUUCAAGCUGACCCGCCACUUCGUGGGGCUGCGAGUGCUUGGUCACACUUUGAGGGCCAGCAUCAACGAGUUCUGUCUCCUUAUCAUCUUCCUGGUUCUGGGCGUCCUUAUAUUCGCCACCAUGAUCUAUUACGCCGAGAGAUUGGGUGCCGACCCCAACGACCCCACAGCCAGUGAGCACACUACCUUCAAGAACAUCCCCAUCAGUUUCUGGUGGGCGGUAGUAACCAUGACCACCCUGGGCUAUGGAGACAUGUACCCCCAGACCUGGUCUGGCAUGCUGGUCGGGGCUGUGUGUGCCCUGUCAGGAGUGCUGACCAUUGCCAUGCCCGUGCCUGUCAUCGUGAAUAAUUUUGGGAUGUACUACUCACUGGCCAUGGCCAAGCAGAAGCUGCCCAAGAAGAAGAAACACAACCCCAACGUCCAGCUGGAGAAAUCAGAGAUCAGCUCCCCUCGGAACAGCACCCAGAGCGACACCUUCCCACUGGCGACUGAGGAAGCUGUUGGGAGGAACCGGUCAGAUUCAAAGCAGAAUGGCGACGCCAGCGUGGUGCUGUCAGACGAAGAGUCUGGAGAGGUGAGCAAGCCCCUGUCGCCUGACAACAAGUGGCCAAUCCGCACCGGCUCCAGGGGAAAGAGCAAGAAAGAAGCCACCUGCUUCCUGCUGACAGCAGGAGAUUUCUCCUGCGCCAUUGACUCCACCGUCCGAACAGAUACAGGCAGCCGGGAGAGGAACGGAAAGGAAAACUUCCUGUGAGCCAAAAGGUGUUGUGAAGAUGGCAUGUCAGUGAAAGACAGCCUGUCAUCCAUCAAGCACAUGUGAUGAGCAUACAAUACAACGGAAUACGUGUCUAAAUAUUACAGUGGAGUUUGUGAGUGUGAAGCUAAACUCAAAUCCUGGAUCCUCUGUCUCAAGUUCUCUGGCAGGAAAGAGAUCGUUUCAUUUAGAUGCAGGACUUUGCUUGAAUAAAAACAUAACAGUAAAAUAUAUGUUUUUUUUUUUUUUUAAUCGCCCAGUUGCAAUUCAUUUGCCGUGCAGUGUUUUUUUUUUUUUUUUUUUUUUUGUCCAAAUCAUCUUGGCUUCGGCUUCGAAAAUCCUUUUCAGUCUUAAUUGCACAGAACGCUGCGGAUCGAUGCGCACCUGAGCACAUUGGAUCGAUGCGCACCUGAGCGCAUUGGAUCGAUGCGCACCUGAGCGCAUUGGAUCGAUGCGCACCUGAGCACAUUGGAUCGAUGCGCACCUGAGCACAUUGGAUCGAUGCGCACCUGAGCACAUUGGAUCGAUGCGCACCUGAGCACAUUGGAUCGAUGCGCACCUGAGCACAUUGGAUCGAUGCGCACCUGAGCACAUUGGAUCGAUGCGCACCUGAGCACAUUGGAUCGAUGCGCACCUGAGCACAUUGGAUCGAUGCGCACCUGAGCACAUUGGAUCGAUGCGCACCUGAGCGCAUUGGAUCGAUGCGCACCUGAGCACAUUGGAUCGAUGCGCACCUGAGCGCAUUGGAUCGAUGCGCACCUGAGCGCAUUGGAUCGAUGCGCACCUGAGCGCAUUGGAUCGAUGCGCACCUGAGCGCAUUGGAUCGAUGCGCACCUGAGCACAUUGGAUCGAUGCGCACCUGAGCGCAUUGGAUCGAUGCGCACCUGAGCACAUUGGAUCGAUGCGCACCUGAGCACGUUGAUUCCUCUGCUCUGUCGCAAUUACACUUCCAUUUAUUACAUUGUAGUUUUUACUGUUGUGUUUCUUUGUUUUUUUUUGUUUUGUUUUUUUUUAGCAAUAACAAGAAGCCAGCUGCAAAAUCUAUUCAGAGAGAAGGCAUUGAAUAGAGAUGCUACAGUAGAAGCGGUCCUCCUAUUAAAAUGUGUACUCUCUGCUCUGGGUGAAUUGUACUGACUCUGUUACGUCUCACGUGUGUCUACGGCAAUACCGUUACUACCUUGUGUCUUUCUGCUGGAAAACCAAUAAAGAGAUUUCCAUUGUCA